GUGUGGAUCUAUGGUGUUGGAUGCUUUAAUCAAAAUUAAGAAUGAAAUUGAUUCCACUCUGACUUUCCGAAGAUCAUGUAGAGAAGGAAUCUGUGGCUCUUGUGCCAUGAACAUCAAUGGAAACAACACUCUGGCUUGCACAUGCAGGAUCGACAUGAACCUCAGCAAAGUGUCAAAAAUUUACCCUCUUCCACACAUGUAUGUGAUGAAGGAUCUAGUCCCUGAUAUGAAUAACUUCUAUGCACAGUACAAAUCCAUCGAGCCUUAUCUGAAGAAGAAGGACGAGUCUCAGGAGGGCAAGCAGCAGUAUCUGCAGUCCAUCAAGGACCGAGAGAAGCUGGACGGAUUGUAUGAAUGCAUCCUGUGUGCCUGCUGCAGCACCAGCUGCCCCAGCUACUGGUGGAAUGGGGACAAGUACCUGGGGCCUGCAGUUCUCAUGCAGGCCUAUCGCUGGAUGGUAGAUUCCAGAGAUGAGUUCAAAGAGGAGCGCCUGGCCAAGCUACAGGACCCUUUCUCUCUCUACCGAUGCCACACCAUCAUGAACUGUACAAAGGCCUGCCCCAAGGGUCUGAAUCCAGGGAAAGCGAUUGCCGAAAUCAAGAAGAUGAUGCUGACCUAGAAGGAAAAGAGGGUGUUGGCCUAACCCUCUCCAUGCUGAAUGUGGCUGUCAGUUCUGACUUGAGUCCCUUCAGGCUCCUGGAUUUUCCAUGAAUACAGCAUGUAUAAUAAAUAUUUUAAGAAAUAA